AUGACAUAUCAAAAAAAAUCAUGUGUAGCAUCAUUGAGAUCAUUUCUUUUGAUAAUUACUGUGAUAUUUGCUGUUUUUAUUACUCAUUAUAUUGUAUUUGUUCGUGUUCCUGGUCCAAUGAUACAUCCAAUAAAAUAUAAAAUUAUUACGGGUACUUUUGCUUUUAUCCUUGAUAUUAGUCAACUUUUUGAAUCAAUCAUUGGUAUUCCUUAUUAUACAAUACUUAAUACUAUAGCUGAUUCGUAUGAUAAAAUCAAAAUACGUCCUUUCCAUCAUGGCCAAGUAUUGUAUCAUGAUCAAUAUAUAGAAGAUGUUCUUGUUCGUAUCUAUACACCAAACAAUGUGUCAAAAACAUUAUUAUCUCCAGUGAUUAUAUUUUUUCAUGGCGGUGGAUUCUUUUUUGGCAGUAUUUAUACUCAUGAUACUAUGACUUACCAUUUAUCAAUGUAUAGCGGUGCAAAAGUUAUUUCAGUCAAUUAUCGAUUAACACCAUAUGUACAUUAUCCAAUACCGAUUGAAGAUAGUAUUAAAGUAGUACAAUAUGUUAUGGAUAAUUAUCAAGAAUUUUCUAUAGAUCCUACACAAGUUUUUCUCUGUGGUGAUUCAGCAGGAGGUAAUAUAGCAGCUGUAGUAGAACGUCAAUUACGUCGUAAACAAAAACCAGUAAUUCGUGGUGUUCUUCUUCUUUAUCCAUUACUUCAAUUUGUUAAUUUUCGUUUACCAUCUUAUUUAACGAAUUUACCGUAUCAUAUUCUAUCACUUCUUUGUGAAGAUAUUUUUACACAAGUAACGAAUUUCUAUGUGAAUACAUCUUUUACUAAAAAUGAACUUUUUAAUAAUCAACAUUUAUCAUCUGAUGAUUAUAAUAAUUUUUAUUCGAAAGUUAAUUUACAAAUUUCAAAUAAAGAUCACAUAAUUGAAAAAUCUCAUCGAGAUACUUGGAAAUUGUUGAAUGAAAAUAUUUCACCAUUAUUAGCAGAUGAUGAAAUUUUAUAUAAUAGUCCAUCAACAUUUAUUUGUGCUUGUACAUAUGAUGUUCUUCUAUCUGAUGCACAAUUAUAUUUUCAACGUUUACAAAAACUUAAUGUAAAAGACAUUGUGUAUAGAGAAUAUCAUAUAUUUCAUGGUGCAAUGACAUUUAUGGAUUUUCCAGUUGCUUUUAAUGAAGCUUUUCAUAUUAUUCAUGACUGUGCUCAAAUUGCUCGACCACUCAAUGAUAAUAAUAAUCUACCAGUCAUUGUCUAUUUUCCCGAUGAUGCAUUUUAUAUGGGUUCGCUUGAUGAUAAACAACUAGCUAAAUUGUCGUCGACAUAUAUAUAUAUAUUAACUGUUGAUCAUGGUUAUUUACGUGAUGAAGCAUUUAUUUAUGAAGGUCAUCUUAAACGAGUUGGUAUUCAAGUUGUUCAUAAUCAUUAUCAAAAUGCAUUUCAUAGAUCAAUAGUCCUUUUAUAUGGACCAUUCGGAUUGGAUAUCGUUUUCUAUUCAAUAAUGGAUUAUAUUCGAUCCAAAAUUUCGAAAAAAAAUCGCAAAUCAUCUAAUGAAUCAUCAUCAACUGCUAGUGCUUCUGCUAUAGCUAAUGAUGAAAAUCAAUUAAGCAAUGGAUUAUCUAUUGAAUAUUUUCAAAUGCAAUUACUAUUAGAUUGUUUAAUGAGAAUACCAUAUAAUACGGCUGAUUAUGAAGAACUUAUUGCUUUGUGUUAUGAACAAAUGAAAGACGAUCAAAAUGAAAUACGUAUGUUAAGUGAAUUUAAAAAAAACUAUUCACCUGAUCGUGCUUUAUGGUGGUAUCUUCAAGAAUGUUUUUUAUAUAAAAUUUUAAAUUAUUCACUUGAAAGUCAAGAUAUUCGUAGUUUAUUUUUAUUUCGACGAAUUCUUCAUGAUGUUGAAAAACAAAUGCAACAACAUAGAUGUUCAACACCAUUACAUGUUUAUCGAAGUCAAUUAAUGCCAAUUGAAUUACUUGAUAAAUGGAUAAGUUCAAUUGGACAAUGUGUUGUAGUAAAUUCAUUUCUUUCAACAACAAUCAAUUCUGAAGUAGCUCGUAAUUUUCUUAAUAGUAGUCAAACAAUAAGAGAUGAUUAUUAUCGAGUAUUAAUUGAAAUCGAUGCUGAUCCUCGAAUACUUGGCUCGAAACCAUUCGUUCAUAUUGGUUCAAUUCAUUCUGAUACUGAUAAAAAUGAAGUACUUUUUAUGUUUGGUUCAAUUUUUUUAAUUAAUAAUAUUACUUGUGGAAAUGAUGGUUUAUAUACUAUUGAACUAACAUUAUAUAGUGAUAAUGAUCAUGAAUUUAAACAAGUAUUUGAUGAUAUGAAAAAGAAAUAUGGUAGCGGUGAAAUCAAUGUUCUUACAUUUGUCCAAGUAUUAUAUGAUUUAGAUAAAUUUGAUGAAGCUGAAGAAUAUACAAAUAGUUAUCUCGAAGAUUUACCUUCGGAUCAUGAAGAUACACUUCAAUGUUAUAAUUUACUGGGUUCAAUAGCUGUAGCCAAAGCAGAUUUUGAAACAAGUCUUAUGUGGUAUAAUCAAGCACUUGAAUUUCAAAUGCGAAAAUUACCAAAAUACGAUAAUCUAAAAAUUGCAGAUAGUCAUGAAAAUAUCGGUGAUGUUUAUUGGAAACAAGGUUCAUAUGAUCUUGCACUUCAACAUUAUUUAACUUCAUUGGAAAUCAAAACACAAGCACUUCCUUCUCAACAUCCAUCUAUUGCAGCAACUCUUGAAAAUAUUGGUCGUAUUAAUGAAUCUAAAAGAGAUUUUUCACAAGCACUUUCAUAUUUUCAAAAAGCACGUUCUAUUUAUUGUCGUACAUAUUCAGUAACACAUGAUAAAGUUGCUCAGAUCGAUGAACAUAUUCGACGUAUUACACACAAUCCGAAAUAA